CCCAGGCUGAUGGGGGCCCAGCUCUGCUCCCAGGCUGACGCCAAGGCGCCGCGAGAGACGCUCCGCUUCCACGCCAAGGCUAAGGGCGUGCAGGUGCAUCUGGACGCCCGGCGGUGCACGGCGCAGAGGUGCGCCACGUUCCACGACGGCAUCGUGUUCAGCCAGCGACCGGUGCCGCCCGGCGAGCCGGUGGCUCUGCGCGUGCUAUGGCACGAAACCCGCUGGUACGGCGGGCUCCGGGUGGGCUUCACGCGCCUGGACCCCGCACAGGUGUCUGCGCCCAGCCUGCCGCCCUUUGUGUGCCCAGACCUGGAGCAGCAGAGCCCGACGUGGGCGGCCAUGCUGCCCGAGGGCAGCGCGCUGCUGGGGGACGUGAUCCACUUCUGGGUGAACUGCCGAGGCCGGCUCUACGCCAGGGUCAACGCGGGGCCCAGGCUCCUGCUGCGCAAGGGCGUGCCCCUGGACGCCCCACUCUGGGCCGUGAUGGAUGUGUAUGGGACCACCAAGGCCAUCGAGCUGCUGGAUACCACAGCCAGCGUCAUCCCCUCCACCAUGCAGCGGGCCUUCAGCGAUGAGACUCUGCAGCCUCAGGCCACAGCAGAACUGGAGUGCAUAAUCUGCUUCGACCGAGCUGCCAACACCUGCCUUCUUCCCUGCAGUCAUGCAUACUUCUGCAGCUCCUGCGCCGGUCGGGUCCUCAGGGACUCAGCCAAGUGCCCUGUGUGUCGUUGGGAGAUCAAGGCCGUGGCCCCCGCAUGAGGUCCCCCCACCCACAUUCUGGAGGCGUCAGAAAAGCUGGUCAGCAGCAGG